UUCCGUUCCGCCAUUCGAGCCAGCUCCCACGACGCCGACUGGGACGGGCGGACGGACGGACGCGUACGAGGUAACCAACCAGCCACCCACCCCCCGCAACCAGCCAAACCACACGAAGACGACGACCGAUCGGAACCCCCUCCUCCUCCGGCCGUCCCGCGGGAGGCGAUCACGACCGGACUCGCCUCACCUGCGCUCUGCCCGCCGUCGAUCAGGUAAUUGGUUUGAUGAGUGUGUCAGGGUCGGAGAGCGCGGCCUCGGCCAACAAGCCCAAGUAUUCUAAAUUCACGCAGCAGGAGCUCCCGGCAUGCAAGCCGUUGCUAACUCCAGGAAUCGUCAUCGGCGCCUUCUCGCUCAUCGGCAUCAUCUUCGUCCCGAUAGGGCUCGCGUCGCUGUCGGCGUCGCAGGAGAUUGUUGAACUGGUAGAUCGAUAUGACGAGGAGUGCGUUACCGCCAGCGACAAGAUCGGGUUCAUCCAGGACUCCAAGGCCAACAAGGCGUGCACCAGAAAGAUCACGAAGACAACAUGGCAUCUUUGUGUUCAGGUGCCGAAGCCGAUGAAGGGACCCAUACACGUCUACUACCAGCUGGAGAACUUCUACCAGAACCACCGGCGGUACGUGCAGAGCCGGAGCGACCAGCAGCUGCGCGACAAGGACUACAAGGACCCCAAGGCGGUGGCCAAGGCCUGCGACCCGGAGGCCACCACCGGCGACGGCUCCCUCAUCGUGCCCUGCGGCCUCAUCGCCUGGAGCCUCUUCAACGACACCUACGCCUUCUCCGUCAACAAGAAGUCGGUGACGGUGAACAAGAAGGACAUCGCCUGGGCCAGCGACAAGAACAGCAAGUUCGGCAGCAACGUCUUCCCCGUCAACUUCCAGAAGGGCGGCCUCAUCGGCGGCGGCAACCUCAACGACAAGCUACCUCUGAGCGAGCAGGAGGACCUGAUCGUGUGGAUGCGGACGGCGGCGCUGCCGACGUUCCGGAAGCUGUACGGGCGGAUCGAGGCGGACAUCAUGGCGAGCGACGAGAUCACGGUGGUGAUCCAGAACAACUACAACACGUACAGCUUCGGGGGCACCAAGGCGGUGGUGCUGUCGACGGCGUCGUGGAUCGGGGGGAAGAACAACUUCAUCGGCGUCGCCUACGUGGCCGUCGGCGGCAUCUGCCUCCUCCUCGCCAUGGGCUUCGUCGUCCUCUACGUCGUCAAGCCAAGGGCCCUCGGAGACCCCGCGUACCUGUCAUGGAACAAGGAGGCCGCCGAGUACUCGCACUGAACGCGACGCUGAAAUUACAAGGCCCGUUUUGUAGAUGGAUGCAGCAGGGAUCGAUAAAACGGUUUAGUAGCUGCUGUGUGUGCUCUUUCUGGUUGUUAUUAUUAGCUGGGUUUGGUGGUUGAUGCAGGCAGCGUCUCAAACGUUGCUUUCUAUACCUUCCUGAGCAUAAUCUUCUGAUGAUGCAUGGUCUGAGGCUCCGGUCUGUGGCUCUUCCAGAUCGUGAUCAGCCUACGCGAGAUGAUCUAGGAUAUAUCUAGGUGCGGCUCUUUUGUUUCCUGUCCAGUAGCUGUAAAACAUAUUGUGGUUUCUGAUAAAUGAAAUCGGAGAGAGCUCUACUUUUUUUU